AAAUUUGUCUGUAUGGAUCUUUGGAUGUGUGUACAAGACACACUGGGUGAUGCCGAUAGACCAUCUUCAAUACACGUGGAUCAAAUUCUUCUGAUGCAAGUAGAAAAUGAGGAAAACAAUUGGUAUUUUAUUGAUGAGAUAAUCAUUGCAAAUGGAAGCAUAAAAGUUUACCAAGUGGAUCCUAAACCAGCACAGCCAGGCGGUCAUCUUCUGGAAUCCAUAUCUAUUACUGGAACUUACCCCUCCUUCAAUGUGACUACCUUGGUGGCCAACUGUGGGGUCAACCUUCCUCUUAUAGAGCUGUGUGGAGCUGCCACUGAAGAUACAGAAACAGAUCAGCUCAGGCAGACACUGAGUCAAGAAAAUGAAGUGAUUUCAUUGGUGGUUACAAGACUUCAGGCAGCAAGCCCACCAAUUGGAGGAACUUUUUCCAUAAGCUUAUCCAACACAAUCAUUCCAGGAAUACCAGUACACAUCUCCCCGCUACAACUACGGGAAAUAAUCAUUAGUAAUGUCAAUGAUGUCACACUUCAAUAUAUCAAUGCCACAGACUUCACUGUCACCAGGGAUGUGAAUUCUUGCCAUCACAUUGUUUGGACCUUGUAUUGGACUAAUAUGACCGGAGACUUACCAAAUUUCAUCCAGGUUACUGCAGACAAGCUUACAGGACUGAACACCACAGUUAUAACACGGGUGGUUUUUGAUGGUGGAGUGUUUAUAUGGCCAAUAUUUGGUGAUAUGUUAGCAUCUGCAAACCCCCUUCCUCAGGUCACUGUUCAUGUGAAUGACGUCUCAGCCAGAUGUUCAGGUUCUUGUUCCUUCCAGCCUCUUUUGAGUGUGACCCCAUUAGUGAAAGACAUUCAGUACUCUACAGGUAUUUACACCAUGUCUGAUAACUCUGGUAGCAUUGCAGUGCUGGAGACCCAUGUUUAAUCACUACUAGGAAUGCUGUCUGUGAGGAGCACACACACAUAUAUGUGGUGGGUGUAUGUGUGUGUAUUCUUCCUGUGGUGCCUUCUACUUUCACCUACAAUUCACGUGUCAUAAAUACACUUAUCUGUAGAUAGUACCCU